AUGAAUCCAUACGUUCCUUUUAUUCUUGGCAGCCUUUUCCCUUCACCAACCAACCAUUAUCUAGUUGAGAAGCCCAGAUUUUUGUUUUACUUUUUAUUAUUAUUUCUGUCAUUUUUCAUUCCUUCUCUCUAUUUAAUCUCUCCACUUUCUUUCCAUUUUAUUUUUACCAUUUUUUAUAGAUUUUAUUUUCAUUUAUUUUUAUACUGUCUUUGCUUGUUUUUCUUUCUUUUGUUGACUUUCCUUCUUUCUUUUUUCUUUCAGUAUUUUGCUACUUACCUAGCCAUCUUUUUUUCUUUUGUUGGUCGCUUUGGUUUUCUUUCUGUUUCUCUUUAUUUUACUACUUGCCUUGCCAACUUUCAUUCUUUCUUUUUUUGUUGCUUGUCUUUUAGUCUUUCUUUCAUUCUCUCUUUAUUCUUUCUUUAUUUUACUACUUGCCUUACCAUCUUGUUUUAUUACUUGUCUUUCUUUUUCUUUCUUUCUUUCUUUCUUUGUUUCUUGCUUUAUUCUACGACUUGCCUAGUCAUUAUCUUUUUCUUUCUUUCUUUCUUUCUUUCUUUUAUUGCUUGCCUAUUUGUCUUUACUUCUUUCUUUCUUUCUUUUUCUUUCUUUAUUUUGUUACUUGAAUACCUAUCUAUCUAUCUAUCUUUCUUUCUUUCUUUCUUUCUUUCUUUCUUUCUUUCUUUUUGCUUGCUAUUUCAUUCAUCUUAUAUUUUUUCUACUAAUUAUAAAUCCAUCUUUCUGUCUUUCUGUCUUUCUUUCUUAUUCAUUCAUUUAUCUUUUUUCCUUGUCAGUUCUUUCUUUCUGUGUUCCUUCCUUCUUUCAUUUCUUUUUUCCUCUCUUUCUUUUUCUUUCAUUUUUUCCUUUCUUUCUUUUAUUGUUUACUUAUUCAUCUUUAUUUCUCUCUAUUUUAUUAAUUGCUUAUUCAUUCAUCAUUCUUUUUCAGCGGUUGCCUAUUUUUCUUUUUUUAUUGCUUCCUUAUUUUUCAUCUAUAUUUUCCUUCAUUGCUUGCCAAUGUACUUUCUUUUUUCUUUCUUUCUUCCUCCUUCCUUUCUUUCUUUCUUGCAUUAA